CACUAGGCGGGUGGGUGGGGCGAGGCGGAGGGCUGCGCGCGCAGCGGGCUUCCUGAGGGCCUUUCUGGCGUGAAGGAAGGGGCGGAGAAGAGCCGGGCGAAGGAGCCCUGGAGCGCCUUCGGGAACCGAGCGGAGGGCCCCGCGCCGCCUCCUCCAGGACUCCAUCUUGUUGGUGAAGCGUGGCAGGAAUGUUCCACCCACUCCAGUGGAGGCCUCCCUCCGGCAUCUAUUCCUACUACGUUAACUCAUCCCGCCUCAUCAGCUACCAAGGGAAGCGGAGCCUGUGGCCGAGCGAGAAAGCCUUGAAGGGCCGGUAUCUGUGGUUGCUCACCUGGCUGCAAAAAGCCACUGAGCAAUGUCCGAGGCAGAAGAGCCUCCUCUCCCUCCUGGCCAACCAGUGCAGUUAUGUGACUGGCCAGCGGGUCCGGCGCGCCCAGCAGAUUGGACAGCUUUACAAUAAUAUCUACUCGGAGAGGACGCGCCGGAGCCUCUUCAGCUCUCUGUGGCGCAAGUUCCAGGGGAGACACGCCAAUGCCUGCAAGCUGAUGGCAGCCCUUACUGGCGUGUUCCUGUGGGAAGAAGAGAGGAUCAAAGAAGAGGAGCUGAAAAGGUCUGCUGAAGAGAUGAAGCGCAUGGAAGAAAUCAACCGCCUCAUCCAAGAAGAGAAUGAAGAGGAGAACCAGCCGCGGGAGCCGGCCCCCGGCAAGGAAAUGGCUUCCGAUCUGGAGGAGCAGAACUGGGAAAUGGUGAUGGACAAGAAGAACUUCAAGCUGUGGAGGCGUCCGGUCGAGGGGAGCCAUCUCUACCAGUACAGAGUCUUUGGGACAUACACAGAUGUGACUCCAAGGCAGUUUUUCAAUGUGCAGCUGGAUACAGAAUAUCGAAAGAAGUGGGACUCGCUGGUCAUUAAACUGGAAGUCAUUGAAAGGGAUCAAGACACUGGAUCAGAGGUUGUUCACUGGGUAACUCACUUUCCGUAUCCCAUGUAUUCACGGGACUACGUAUAUGUUCGGCGGUACAAUGUGGACAGGGACAACAACCUGAUGGUUCUGGUCUCACGAGCGGUCGAGCAUCCCGGUGUCCCAGAAAACCCCGAAUUUGUUCGUGUCCACAACUAUGAAUCCCAGAUGGUCAUCCGUCCGCACAAGUCAUUUGACGAGAAUGGCUUUGACUACCUGCUCACCUACAGCGACAACCCUCAAACUGUGUUCCCUCGGUACUGCGUCAACUGGAUGGUCUCCAGUGGGAUGCCAGACUUCUUGGAAAAGCUGCACACGGCCGCCCUGAAGGCCAAGAACAUGGAGAUUGCCGUGAGGGACUAUAUCUCCUCCACGAAGCCCAUUGAGUGCGGCGGCACCAGCGAGGAGAAGGCCAGCGUGCCCAGCCAGGAGCCCAAAAGGGACGGGACCUGCAGCCCGAUUCAGAUCGACUUCUUUUAACGCGGAGGCCUGGCUCCUCGGAGGUGGCAGCCGAAGACGCUUGGCCCGUGGGCUUCAACGAGGAAGAACAGAAGACCGCGACCGGGACCGUUGCCCAGCGCUCUCCUCCCGACUCUGCUCUCUGGUGCCAUCUCGCUAGUCAUUCGGACACAGGCUCAGCAAUGUUGAAAAGCACAUUUCCACAGCCACUCUUGUGCCAGUGAGCUUCUUUUCGGAUGGGGAUGCGCUGGAGAGAUAUUUCGUAUUCAAGGAAGGGAGGGGGAAUCGUUCUCCCUACGCCGCCACGACGCUGGCCCUGAUCAGUCAAUGCCUUUUGCAAAACUCUUCGCCUUCAACCCUUUGUAGAUAUUGUGGCUUAUGGGAGCCUCUGCCACGCUCACGGUAGUGUCUUUGGAGUGAAGCCAGUCCAAGCGAGGCUCGUUUCUAGGGCCACACCUCCAGCAAGGUCCGUAUCCUUUGAGGAAGGGGGCCAGGCUUGUGAAUCCCGGGACUUUCUCUGCUGCCGACGUGCCUUGUUUCCCUUCUGGCACUCUUGCAAGCAGCCUUUCCAUCCAGUGGAAGCUGGCACCAGGCCUCCUGGGCCUAUAUAGCCCUCCUUUUGUUUCUUUUCUCUGGAAAGAAAAGCUGCUUCUUGAUUCUCUUCCUCCUUGGAUGAGCGGUGGUGAGUUUAUGAUAUCGGCACCUGCUUGGGAUUACUUGAUUAUAGCCAUAAAUUGGUAGUAAAAAGUACAACUGCCUUAGUGUCCUAGAAGGUGACACUGCCGAAGGCUUUCGUGGCCGGGAUCACAGGGUUGUUGUGUGCCAUGUUCCAGCAGUAUUCUCUCCUGACGUUUCGCCCACAGGCAUCCCCAGAGGUUGUGAGGUAUGUUGGAAGCUAGGCAAGUGGGGUUUAUAUAUCACAACUACUGAGGAUGCCUGCCAUAGAUGUGGGUGAAACGUCAGGAGAGAAUGCUUCUGGAACAUGGCCGUACAGGCCCGAAAACACACAACGCUGUGAUCUCAGCCAUGAAAGCCUUUGAUAACAUUAUUAUUAUUUUAUUCCUUACCUGCCUCAACUACUUAGCAUCCAAGAUCGGAAGGGAUCUGGUACCUUUAAUGUUAUUUAGGGAAUUAAUUUGAGAUUAUUCAUCCUCAUUAUGGAGUUGUAAAGGUAAAGAUUUUCCCGACAUUAAGUCUAGUCGUGCCCGACAACCAUUCCAGACAUGCCUGUAUUAGAGGCACACUGCCUUUGAGCACAUCCUAUAGGAAGCAGAGGAUGGGCCUGUAUUCCUUUUCCAAGUGACGAUUUGCGCACUAAAGCAUUGGUCGUACCCAUUGAAUCAAGCUGCUGUUGCUUGGAGACGUCCCAUUAGCCACACUGUCUGCUGGUGACAGAAAUCCGAACAAACCUUAAGCGAAGUGUCCGAAUAUCUUUGGGGGAAAACCGCUUCUAGAAGGUGGCUCUUUCUACCCUCUCUCCUGUGUGUCUAAGCAUGUGAUUUUCUUUUUUUAAAUAUCCGUGGGGAGCAGAAAGUAUGACAGGCCAGUGCUAAAACAAGGAAGCUCUACUUCCCACCUUGGUAACGGGUUCGGGGUGAGUUACGUCUGGGUUUGGGAAUAGGGUGGAGUUGUGCUCGGGACCCCCUUGGGACUGUUUCUGUGGCCGGCGAGGGCCUGAGACUACAACUACUGACGCUUUUAACAUUUUUUUUAUUAUGAGAACUGAAUAACCAAUAAAGGUAACAACUGUUA